AUGCGCCAUCCUCGCUACUCCUCCUCUUCCCUCCCCUUUUUUUUCCCUUUCUCCGGCGCGUCUGCCAGGCGGGGCGGGGCGUACAAGGCGCUGAGCACGCUGCUGAGGCACAAGCUCGUGCACCAUGACUCCACCAAGUACGACGGGUACCGGCUGACGAAUCUGGGGUACGACUUUUUGGCCAUCAAGGCGCUCGUCAACCGCGGCACCGUUGCUGGCGUGGGGCCGCAGAUCGGCGUCGGCAAGGAGUCUGACAUAUACGAGGUGGAGGGGCCGGAGGGCGAGGUGAUGGUGAUGAAGCUGCACCGCUUGGGCCGCACGUCGUUCCGCAAUGUGAAGGCCAAGCGCGACUACCUGCGCCACCGCCGCGCCCACAACUGGCUCUACCUCUCACGCCUCGCCGCCCUCAAGGAGUUUGCUUUCCUCAAGGCGUUGGGGGAGAGGGGCUUUCCGGUGCCGGGUGCAGUGGACUGCAACCGCCACUGCGUCAUCAUGACCCUCGUCAAGGCCUUUCCACUAGUGCAGGUGCGGGAACUGCAGCGACCGCAGAUAGUGUUUGACCAGGUGCUCUCGCUCAUCAUUCGCCUGGCGGCAGUGGGGCUCAUCCACUGUGACUUUAACGAGUUCAACCUGCUUGUGGAUGAGGAGGAGAGGAUAACGAUGAUUGACUUCCCUCAAAUGGUCUCCAUCUCCCACCGCAAUGCCAAGAUUCUGAUCCCAUACUCUCACCACCCUCGUCAACCCCUCUCCUCUCCUCUCACCACUCAUGUUCCCUCACCAGGGGGAGAGAGAAACAACAAGGACGAGGAGAGAGAAAAUGGUACAAGGGAGGAUGAAGAUGGGGACGAGGCAGAGGAAAGGGGGGAGAAAGUGGAGCACGAGGAGGAAGAGGGAGAGGAGGUGGAGGAGGAGGAGGACGAGGAGGGGACAUGGAGGCCUUCGUUUUCAGCCAUUAAAGCACUGGUGGAGCGAGCGAGAGAGAGAGCAGAAGAUGGGGCAGACGAGGCGGGUGACAGGGAGGAGGAGGAGGGGCGUGUGAAAGAGGAGGGUGAUGAUGAGGAGGAAGGUAGUGGUGGGAAGGUUGGGAGCAGUGUGACUGCUGGGCUGGCCGAAGCGAGGCAACGGGAAGAAACGGCAGUGGAUGUGAAGGGAGAUGAAAAUAGGGAGGUGGAUGAGGGAGGAGAAGCAGCAGGAGGAAGGGAAAGUUCCGCAGAAGGUGAAUGGGAGGCGUGCAGAGCUGUGAUUCAGGCGCUCAUGCUCGCUGCUGGACCUGCUGCUGCUGGUGAUGGUGGUGAUGGUAAUGCAGAGACCACGAGCAGGAAGGAAGAAGUUGCAGGGAGGAAGGCGGAGAGGAGAGGCGGUGGGAGGAGGGGAGGGCGGAGAGAGGUGGUGGGGACAGUGGCAGGGACGGGCCCUCUGGACAGACAGCUGGCAGCCAGUGGGUUCAGCAUGCAGAACGAGGCUGAGCUGGAGCAGGUGAGCGCUGGCGUGGAGCAGGUGUGUGCUGAGGUGGAAUGCAUGAAUGCUGAGGUGGAAUGGUCGAGUGCUGAGUGGGAACAGGUUGGUGGGAAGUACAUAGAAGAGUCGCAGUGGAGAGAGACAAGUCACCUGGAAGGCACAGAGGAUGGUGCAGGGGAGGAGGGAGACGAGGAGGAAGAGGAGGAGGAGGAUGAGGAGGAGGACGAGGAGGAGGAUGAGGAUGAGGAGGAGGGGGAGGGAGAGGAGGAUAUCGAUGGAGACGAAAGCAAGGAGGGUGAGUCUGCUGGUGAGGGGGCAGAGGAGGAGGAUGAUAGUGAUGGUGGGAACGACAGCAAUGAUGAGAAUGAACUUUACGAGGGGGAUGGGGACGAGGGCACGGGGAAAUCCCCACAUGCAGCCACGCAUGGCAGUACGGUUGGGAACGGGGUGAGCAGGAGGGUGAGUGGGCGUGCAGGGCAGAAGCAGCAGCGGCAGCUGGAGAGGCAGCGGCAGCAGGCCGCGCAGGCGGUGCGAGGGGGAGGGGUGAGGCGCGCGUCACGCAACGCCAGCAAGGACAAGGGAGGGCGGAGAUCGCGCCACGUGUCCAGCCGAGCAGGGAUCGACUGA